AGCCCUUGUGAGGAAAUCACUUCAGGAAAAUGGAACUCAUUAAAGUCAUCUUGUGCUUGAGCAUUUUAUCACUCUUCUCUUCCAUAAGUUUUGCUGAAGAUCGUAAUAGUCUAGACAAACCUACGGCGGAACCAUACGAUUGGGACAAGAUUUUCAAAUGCGGCCAAAUCGCUAUUGAGGGAACUGCUGCAGUUGCUGUUAAUGUAAUUGGGAUAAUUAAACACGCCAUUCGAUGUAUUGAUUUUAAGGCACCGCCAAAUCCCAAACGCAGCAUAAUCCGAACUAUAAGGACGGUCUACGAGUUCAUGAAGAGGCUUCUCCUUAAUAACGUCGUUUGCCUAAUAGAGAGCAUUCAGAAAAUAGGAUCUUUGGUGAAGCCUCACAUUGAUGCAUUUGAGGAUUUAAAUUGCUUGGACGAAAAUGAUAUUUGAAUAUACUUUAUAAAUAUACUGGUAAAAUAAAUACAAGUCCUCAGAGCCUA